AUCUGGCCCAUUACCCACAUCGUCACUUGGCGUUUCAUGCUUUCAAGUUUCGAAGCUCAAAACUUGCUGGUUUUCUCCGCGAUUUCAAAAGUUUGAAACAAAUAGAUGAGAGCAAACCAUCAGCAAGAGAAGACACACUCUGAUCACACAAAUGUAUCCGGGAUUUGGCAAGGCGUCAGGACCAACAGGACCGCCGGGAUCGCAGCCACUUUUCGGAAACCUUGGCGGCGGUCGGCCGCCUUCGCCUUCUCCGCCGACCACCCCUCCUUUUUCCGGCGCUGCUCCGCUGCGUUCUCCGUCCAGGGGGCCUGAAGCUCCAGGGCAGCUGUAUUCUCUUCCUUUAGGCUUUGAAAGAGUUCGUCCUGCUGCGAGUCAACCUUUCCCAUCUGCGGGAGUCUAUAGGCGGCCUGAAUCUUCAGGGCAGCUGCAUUCACCUCCUUUGGCUUUUGAAAGAGCUCGUCCUGCUGCAAGUCAUCCUCACCCAUCUGCAGGAGUUCAUAGGUCCACAGAGUCUCAUCCUACUUGGGAUCAUGGGCAGAGAUCCUCCUUUAAGAAUUAUGAUACCCAAGCUCAUCAAAGGCCAUCUGCUGUCACAUCAUUUGUUGUUUCUCGUAAUUCUGGAACUAGUGUUACUGCCAAGGUGUCCAGAUUCCAAGACACUGAAGGGAUCAGGUCGCCUCCCUUUCUGUCUAAAGAUGUCAAUUUUAGAAAUUCCACUCAAGGUGCCCCCAGAAGUCACUUAGUUGCUCCGAGAAUACGAUCACCUCCCUUGGUCUCUUAUGAGGAUUUGCAUCCUUCCGUUGGAGUUGAAGAGCCUUCUGUAUCUUCUGUUGGGUUCAAUACUAGAUCAAAUACCAAUUUUAGUACUCCUGAUUCUCGGGUACAUCAAAAGUCUUUGCAAUCUGCAAGCAAUACUAUUUCUGAAGCUGCUGCAGGAAAUGCGACCAACAUCCCUGUGGCCAAAAGGACGAGGUCACCUCCUUUACUUCCGGAGGAUCAAGUGUUUCAUGGAAACUCUCAUGCCACUCAAGAUGGUACUGAACGAGAAAUGCAAGCCAAAGCUAAGCGGUUAGCCCGGUUCAAGGUUGAAUUAAGUAAAACUCCACAAAACAAUCCUGAUAAUGUAGAACCAGGGGUUUCUGCAAAUAGACAUGAGCAAUCUAAUGUUGAGAGGAACAAAUUAGCUGCAUAUAAAUCUACCGAACUGGCUAUGGGUGGUAGUGAUGGCAAUGCAUUACCUGAGGAUGAAGGCGUGGAGUCAUCUGGUAUCAUUAUUGGGUUGUGCCCGGAUAUGUGUCCAGAGUCAGAAAGGGCAGAACGAGAAAGGAAAGGGGAUCUUGAUCAAUAUGAGCGCUUGGAUGGGGAUAGAAAUCAAACCAGCAUGUCCCUUGCUGUUAAAAAGUAUAACAGAACAGCUGAGCGAGAUGCAAACCUGAUAAGACCAAUGCCAAUCCUGCAGAAGACAAUUGAUUAUUUGCUCAAUUUGCUUGAUCAGCCUUACAAUGAUAGGUUUCUUAGAAUUUACAACUUCCUGUGGGAUCGGAUGCGAGCAAUUCGAAUGGACUUGAGAAUGCAGCACAUUUUUAACCAAGAGGCUAUUACUAUGCUGGAGCAAAUGAUAAGACUUCACAUAAUUGUCAUGCAUGAAUUAUGUGAAUACUCAAGAGGAGAAGGCUUUGCUGAGGGAUUUGAUGCACACCUCAAUAUCGAACAGAUGAAUAAAACAUCUGUUGAAUUGUUCCAAUUGUAUGAUGAUCACAGAAAGAAAGGAAUAAACAUUCCUACAGAAAAAGAGUUUCGAGGUUAUUAUGCCCUUCUCAAGCUGGACAAGCAUCCUGGGUACAUGGUUGAACCUGCAGAGCUCUCGCUUGAUCUUGCAAAGAUGACUCCAGAAAUAAGACAAACUUCAGAGGUGCUAUUUGCACGUGAUGUCGCUAGAGCUUGCAGAACUGGUAAUUUUAUUGCUUUUUUUCGACUUGCAAGGAAAGCAAGUUACCUCCAAUCAUGCCUAAUGCAUGCUCACUUCUCAAAGUUACGAACCCAGGCACUUGCUUCUAUACACGCAGGUCUCCAGAAUAACCAAGGUCUCCCUAUUGCGGAUGGUGCCAAGUGGCUGGCAAUGGAGGAAGAUGAAAUUGAAAGCCUUUCAGAGUAUCAUGGGUUUGUAAUAAAGUCAUUCCAGGAGCCAUAUAUUGUGAAGGAAGGUCCAUUUCUCAAUGGUGAUGAGGAUUAUCCUACCAAGUGUUCUAAACUUGUCGAUAUGAAAAAGUCAAGAAGGAUAGUAGAGGAUGUUUUGGCUUCUAGUCAAGUCAUACCCUCGUCUUCUAAACCAACAAAAAAGACUCAGUUGACUAAGUCAAAUAAGCCUGAACCAAAAACUAUUUCAUAUGUUGAAAAGAAAAGUCCUGUGCGUCGUGCUCCAGCCAUUAGAGUUACAAAACCUCUCCAUGAAGUUGAUGAAGAAAUGCCUAAUUUUGAAGCUUUUUCACCCCCAAAAGAUGCCAGACAAAAGCAGCAAAUGAUUCAAGCACCAAUCUUUUCAUCUCCGGAAGAUUCCAGACAAAAGCAGCAAACGAUUCAAACACCAAUUUUUGGUAUAUACAGUGAAGAUUCCCCUAAGGUGGCUGCUGUGUCUCCUUCCCCGUGGGGUUUCUCAUCAUUUACACGUCAGCCGGAUAAAGUUGGUACCAUUGAGAAGCGAAAUUAUGAUGUUCUUUUUAGUAACUCUCCAGAGAGAAGCAUGCAUUCUGGCAUGGAACGAAUGCCACUGCAAAUUGAGUCAAAAACAUCUGUACAAGAGAAAUCUGUUGGUAUAUAUAGUUCCGGUAAGGAAUAUCCAGAUAUCCAAAUUAUGGUCACUGAUAACUUGGAAGGCGAGGAACCUUCAGAUCUUCAUCAGAUAGAUGAAAACAAUGAUGUUAUGGAGAGUUCUCAACAGGAAGAAAUUGCAGAGGCAAAACUUAAGUUGAUACUGAGAUUAUGGAAGCGGCGUGCUCUGAAGCUAAGACAAUUGCGAGAGAAAAAGCAGUUGGCAGCAAAUGCUGCAUUGAAUUCUUUAUCAUUGGGGCCGCCAAUUCAACUCAAGACAGAUCAACCAAGCACUUCUGGCGAGUUUGACAUUGAUCUCGUCUUGAGGGAGAGAUUUAAAAACCAUGGUCGGUCAUGGUCAAGACUUAAUGUUUCAGAUGUAAUAGCGGAUAUACUGGGCACAAGAAACCCGGAUGCUAGAUGCCUCUGUUGGAAAACUGUUGUAUGUUCUCAGAUGAACAAUCUAGAAGGUGAUGACCUGGGGCAGAGGAGCCACUUCUUGGGAGCAGCCCCCUGGUUGUUUUCAAAACUCAUGCCUUCGGCAAAUGAUGCGGACAAUGAUGAUGAGGAUCUCGUAGUUUCGUCUCCUGGUGUCUCUGUAUGGAAGAAAUGGGUGCGUGGCCAAGCUGGUUCAGAUCUGAACUGCUAUUUGUCUGUGGUCAAGGAUGCAAGUUUUGAUAACCUAAGUCAGAGUGUGUCUGGUGCAAGUGCUGUUCUGUUCCUUACAUCUGAAAGUAUCUCUUGGAAUUUGCAAAAAGUCCGUCUUCAUAACCUUCUAAUGUUGAUACCUUACGGCUCCUGCUUGCCCCUUCUGAUCUUAAGUGGCUCGUACAAGAACAAUGUUGAUGACUCCACUAUUGUUGAUAAUUUGGGUCUCCGUGACUUGGAUAAGUCACGAAUAAGCAGCUUUCUGGUUGUUCCGCUUGUUGAAAGCCAGCAAAUGGGACAAUUGGAUGGUUUUUUCAGUGACAACCAACUUAGGGAGGGGCUUCGAUGGCUUGCAAGUGAAUCGCCCCUUCAACCUAUUCUUCAUCAUGUAAAAACACUCGAACUCGUUCUUACCCACUUGAAUUCUUCAUUGGAGCCACUAGACAGAAUGAAAGAUUAUGAAGCAGGUCCAGACAACUGUAUCCUUGCCUUCAACGAAGCAUUGGAUUGGUCACAGAAGGAAAUUGCUGCUGCUGUCAAAUCAAAUCCAUCCAGUUGGCCUUGCCCCGAGAUUGCUUUGCUGGAGGAGUUCAGUGAUGAGUACAGGGUUGUGAAAUGGUGCUUGCCAAGCGUAGGAUGGAGCUCAGCGGAAAAAGUUGAACCACUAAUGUCAGCUCUAGGGGAUUGUAGGCUUCCAGCUUUUCCCGACCAUAUUUCGUGGCUACCCCAAUGUUGUAAUGCAGGAAAGGAGAUUGAGAACCUGAGAGGUGAACUUGAAAAUGGCUUGAUCGAAUACCUGACGAAUUCAAGUAAGAUGAUGGGACGUGCACUUGCUAUAAAAGAGGCACAUGUAAUGCUACAAAGAAGUUGUCGACUGCAGCGCCAUGACUCAUGCUGCUAUAUAGUCCCGAAUUGGGUUAUGAUCUUCAGACGAAUUUUCAACUGGCGGUUAAUGGGUUUAGCCAAUGGGGCCUCUUCGUCAGCUUAUGUCUUGGAGAGUCCUCAUCUUAACGCAGUUUUUGAAAAUCUGGGUAAGUUAGGGCUUGAAGAUGCCGGACCUUCACCCUGUUACCUUAAUCAGCCGUCUCUGGAUGAAAUCAUCGAAGUUGGGCGCGCCCCUCUUUCAUCCCAUAGAGGUCAGCCCUCGGUAGAAUCUGGUGUAGCCGUUCCUGAAACAUCUCCUAAUGGUGAAAUCCACGAAACCCCGAAUACGACUGACUGGAUGGAGGAUGAACGAAGUUUAGCGCACGAUGAUCAAGCGGAAAUAGAAAACGUAUCCCACGAAAAUGGGAGAUUGGAGAAUGCUGGCGGAGAAAUGGUGGUGACUGGAGAAGUGGGCAAGGGGGCUGAAAAAUUAAGCAUAUUGUUAGAACAGUGUGACAUGUUACAGAAUGUGAUAGACGAGAAGCUGUCCAUUUUUUUCUAAUUUCUAACGAUUUUGUGUACGAAGUUUGUAUUACGUGUAAUAUUUGUUGUAACAAUGUUGUAUUUACCUGACGAGAUAUACCUAGUUCGGGAUGGUUUACUCCGAA